AUGGCCGGCGACCCGAUCCUUCUCACGACGAACGCUAGGCGGUACAAGGCCUUCUACUACUGCAACUCGGCUGCCUUGGUGACCUCCUUGGUGGCCAUCAUCCUGGUCCAAAAUAAGCUUCUGCUCAAGCACCACGUGCUGGAGGUAGCCAUGAUACUCGUCCUGUUUGGCCUCAUGGGCGCGUAUGCCGCCGGGAGCUGCCGGGACGUGGACACCUCCAUUUACGCCAUGGCCUUGGCAGGCGUUGUCCUUAUCUAUGUGGUGAUCCAUGUCGUCAUUUUCACGCUGGACCAUAAGGACAAGCAAGGUGACGAAGAGCUGCUGGAGAAGAGGCGCAAGCGGUUGCUCCUCUUCGCGAUCUUGGCUGCGACCAUCACCUACCAAGCCGGCCUCACCCCUCCGGGCGGCUUCCUGCUCAAGGACGAUGAGUUCGGGCACCGCGUCGGUGAUCCGAUCCUCUUGCACAACUUCCCGCGCCGCUACAAGGCCUUCUUCUACUGCAACACGGUGAGCUUCAUGUUGUCCAUCGCCCUCAUCAUCCUCCUGGUGAACCCCAAUCUAUACAGGCCAGCCGUUCGAAGCAAUGCGUUAUCUGUUUGUGCGGCGGUGGGCUUGUUUGGUUUGCUGGCGGGCUACGCCGCGGGAAGCACUCAGCACAUCACGACCUCCAUCUACAUCUUCGUGUUGGUGGCCGUGGUCCUCGGCGUUGCCGUCAUUUUGCUGGCGGUUUUUUGGGGAACUGAACUGGAGAGAAAUGGCAAUUCGGCAGCCGAAGUUGAGAGAAAUGGCAUAUCCAUCGCACAGGAGGAAGAGCAAGCAAGUUCGGCAGCACCAUCGGAGCCACAGAGAAAUGGCGUAUCCAUCGACGUCGAAAAGGAAGAAAAGACGAUGCACGCGAAGCGCAAGUACCUGAUGCUGCUAGGCAUCUUGGUGGCGAGCGUGACCUACCAGGCCGGCCUGAAGCCGCCCGGCGGAGCGUGGCAGAGCAGCGGCAACAGGUACGAGGCGGGCAACCCGGUGAUGAACGACAACAGGACGCCCCAGUACCUAACCUUCUUCUACAGCAACUCCAUUUCCUUCGUGGCUUCCAUCCUUGUCAUCAUCAUGCUGCUAAGGCACUGGUGGGUUAUAAACAAGAAGCAUGAAAACAAGGAGGCUGAAAAGAUAAACAAGGAGAAUGAAAAGUGGUCGCUGAGGGUGAUGAAAAUCACUACCGUGGUGAAUUUUCUCGCUCUCCUGGUGGCCUAUGCAGUCGGCUUGUAUGUCGGCGUGUUCAGUGUUGGUUUGCAGGGCUACCUUGCCAUCAUUAUGUUCUGCUUGUCUUGUCAUUGUCAUCGCUAG